AUGACCCGUGACAAGGAUAUUGCAUAUUUACUUCUCUACGUCGACGACAUUGGCCUCAUGGCUUCCUCUUCUUCUCUGCUUCAGUCUAUCAUCACUUCUCUCCACUCCGAGUUCGAGAUGACUGACCUUGGACCGUUACAUUACUUUCUCGGCAUAUCAGUUCAACAAAACCAUGAAGGCCUCUUUCUUCAUCAACAAAAUUAUGCAGCUGAUAUUCGUCAUCGCGCCAACAUGACGAACUGCAAUCCCUGUCACACUCCGGUUGACACAAAACCUAAACUUGCUGCCUCUGACAGUCCUCCAGUCGCAGACCCGAUGCUUUACCGAAGUCUUGCUAGUGCGCUUCAAUAUCUAACAUUCACUAGGCCUGACAUCUCCUACGCAGUCCAACAGGUGUGUCUCUUCAUGCAUGAUCCCCGAGAAGCUUAUUUCACCGCUCUCAAACGUAUCCUUCGAUACAUCAAAGGCACCAUUUCUCAUGGUCUCCAGAUCUAUCGCAACUCCACACCAAAUCUUGUGGCGUACACCGACGCUGAUUGGACUGGCUGUCCCGACACUCGUCGUUCCACAUCCGGUUUUUGUGUCUUCAACGGGAAUAAUCUCAUCUCUUGGUCGUCAAAACGACAACACACCGUCUCUCGCUCUAGUGCCGAAGCUGAAUAUAGAGGUGUCGCCAAUGCCGUCGCUGAACUCUCUUGGCUCCGUAACAUGUACGCAGAAAUGCAUAUUCCUCUCCAAAAUCUUCUGUGGUUUUCUGUGAUAACGUAA